GGGCGGAACUUAUAUUCUGAGUACGUAGACAAAAAUCGACGUAGUUUUCUCUUCAUCCUCACUAGUAGUUUGUGUUGUGUUCGUCAUAUUUGUGACUGACCAGCUCCCUUUUCCAACACACCAGUAUUUGCAACGAUGGUCGCCAAACAGAGGAUUCGUAUGGCCAACGAGAAACACAGCAAAAACAUCACCCAGAGAGGCAACGUCAAAUCGUCGAGAAACGUGAGUGAUGAUAAAGUUUCGGUGGGACCGUGGCUCUUGGCACUUUUCAUCUUUGUUGUUUGCGGCUCAGCAAUAUUCCAGAUCAUUCAGAGCAUUCGAAUGGGCAUGUAAAGAGGACCAAUGAUGUCUCAACUAUCCACUCCUUGCCACUUCCACAUACUGCACCCAACUUUGCCAAGGAGUUUUUCUAAAAGGCUUUUUGUUGAUUUUAUUGAUUUAUCUUCUUCUGUGAGGUGCAACAAUCCUGUCAUUCCUCUCUGGUGCCUUUUUAAUGAAGAAAAAUCAAAAAGCCAUAAAAUUGCAUUCCUAUCAAUUGUAAUGUUAUCUUCUGUCAAUCUACCUUGAUGUAAUGUAAAAAUCUUGAUAUGUCGCAAGGAGUGAUGUGAUUUGUAACGCCUGACUUCUCGAUCAUUCCUGAAAUAAUUGUGCAAAAAUGA